AUGCAGGGUGAGGAGAGAGUCAGGAUCCUGACUGGGACUGAAGGUGACAGCUUCCUGCUGAUGGAGAUCAGGCCUGGGGAGACUGAGGCCCCUGAGCGGUGGGAUUAUGUCCUCGUGGCUGACCGCUGCACCCAGAGAAAUGCAGGGCAGGUCCGGCGGCAGCAGCACUUCCUGGAAGAGCUCGAGAGAAAGGGCUUCCAUUACAAGACGGCAGGAUCUUUGACCUGUACCACACUCUCCUCAUGGAGCCUGAGGGUCCUGGCACCAGAGUGCAGCCCACCAGGCCCACCCCCAUCCCAGCCACCACCAGGUGAGAGGCUGGGCAAGAACUGGGGCCAGGAGGACCGUUGCCCUCCUGUGUUUCUGGUCCAGUCAGGCUUGCAGGCACGGUGUUAG